UACUAAAAGUGCGUCGACCCAUUGCUCCCGUACAGGCGAAGGAAGUUGUGGGCCAAACACUUAUUUUGUGCCAAUUGAAGUAAAAAUAAAACAUUUUUUUAUAAAAAAAGUUAAUUAAGUGUCUAAGGGAUUCUAAUAUAUUCUAUAGUGUGUUCCUUAAAGUAUAAUUUAUAAAGGAAGAAAAAUUAUCUAUGCACAUAAAAUUAACGUUCUCUGCUAGCACCAAUCUCAAAGGGAAAUAAGCAAUAAAACAAAAAAAAAAAAAAUAUAAACGAGUUGCGAUAGCUGUGAAGAGCUCAAGAGCGAGUGAAAUGGGGGCAGAUCAAUUAUCGAAUAGAGUUUUGCUUCUUUGACAAGUGUUUGGCAAGGCAAAAGUGGAAAAUUCAAUACCGUCUUAAAACGAAAACAAAAGCGAAACGCAGUAAUACAUAGAAAUAUACAAUAAAUAGGAAUAACAGCAUAAAGAAGGAAAGGUGUAAGUGGAGUUAAUGGCGACUGCAAACUCCAAGUGGGAAAGGAAAAAGGCGACGUCGAUUACCGAAAAUGGCGUUCUACUCGGGUUGGUCUGUAACCUUUCCCUUUUGAUCGGUUGCAAGGACUGGGCAUAGAAAACGGCAGUGACUUAAAAAGUUGUAUAUAUAUAUAUAGUAAAGACUUUUGUAAUGUGUAAUAUUUAAUAUUAAUUCAAAAUGGAUAUAAAUUGUGUAGUGUAAAAUCAGUAAAACAGUGAGCUCUAACAAAGGACAGUUAAAACAAAGGAAAUUCACAAUAUCUGAAUCUAGGCACUAUUUUAAAAUAAUACUUAAAAGGAUUUGUACCUAGCAAUCUUCUUAACAACAUAUAAGGAAAAAUGCCCAGUGCUUCCUUCACUUCGUCGCGCUCGUAUGUGCGGCGUUCUAGACGUAAAGGUGCCAACCGCAUUGCUUUACCCAAUCGUCCAUCCGGUAACAUAAUGGAUCCUAUGAUACAAAAUAUACCCGGUUCAAGUGCUUCUUCAAACGCUAGUGCAGGUGCCAACGCCAAUGCUAUUGCACCGUCACUUCAAAAUAAUACCAAUCCGCCAAACUCGAGUGUCAUCUCUACAACUAUGAAUGUGUCAUCAGCUCCAUCUGGUUCACUUUCCACACCACAAUUAUCGUCGUGUUCUUCAGGUGACACAUCAUCGCAAUCGGCUGCUAUUGUUGUUAGCGCAUCUUCAGCAGCUAUGACAGCCUCAGCAGCUGCAGGUGCAAAUUCAUCAGAAAUGUUUACUAAUGUUUCUGGUGCUUCAUGCUCGCAGUCAUCAACUACUUCUGGACCUUCAACGUCCAGGUCUGUUGCUGGUUCCUGCAACCUUGGAGCCGCAGGCGGACAAAAAAUGCUUGGUGCCACAUGUUCCAGUAACUUAAUAAGUUCGUCAGUUUUUAACACAGGAGGCGGUUUUGUAGGAGCACAUUUGAUGGAUACAGAAACAAGUAAUAAUUGUGCAGGUUCCUUUAGUAGUUCAGUGAAUAUUACUGCCGACACUUCCAGUAGUAAAAAUAAUACUGGCUCAAGCAAUUCAAUGUAUUCAAGUUCCGUGCCAUGCAACUCAUCAACUAUGUCAAAUGUAUCUGCAUCCACAUCCACAUCUGUGGCCAGUUGCUCACAUCAAUCACCUUACGAUCUUCGUCGAAAGCUGCCCGCUAAUGGUCAUGAACAAUGGUUCCCGUCCGCUUCCAAUACUCUUGCCAACAACAGUACGUCUAGUGCAUCUGCUAAUACUAGCAAUAGCAGCCCACAAUCCGUUUCCUGCGGUCCGUCACACAUGGGUGGAAGCUGCAACAUCUCAUCUAUAUCUGCCAUGCCAUCAUCGUCAUCUUCAACUUCAUCCUCAGCCAUUGUUCACGCGCCAUCAACUAGUGCCACUUUUCCUGUGAAUUCAACCGCUACCGGUGCUCCACUGGGAUCAUCACCUACAGUACACAGUUCCAUACCACAGCAACAUUGCAGUGCUUUGCCGAUUGGUGGCAUUGAGGAUAAUAAUCUUAUGUCGCCAGCUCGCAAACGGUCACGCCGUUCAUAUGCACAAACGGCUGACAUGCCUUGCAUGGCAGCUUGUACGGGAAGCACCACACCGCCCGGUCCAACAGCAGCGCAAUAUUUACAAUAUGAACUGCCGGACGAAGUUCUACUUGCCAUAUAUUCGUAUCUUUUAGAGCAGGAUUUGUGCCGUUUGGCAAUUGUUUGCAAACGCUUCAAUACCAUUGCAAAUGAUAAUGAAUUGUGGAAACGGUUGUAUCAGUCUGUGUUCGAAUACGAUCUGCCACUCUUCAGUACCGAACAAAGUAAGUUUGUCUUUGAAAAGCCAGAAGAAUCCGAGUAUUCCAAUCCAUGGAAAGAGAGUUUCAGACAACUCUAUAGUGGAGUGCAUGUUCGUGCUGGCUUUCAGGACAAAAAAUAUCCCGGACGUAAUAUAUUAUUCUUUAACACCAUACAAGCUGCACUUGAUUACCCAGAACAAGCGGCCGCAGCCGCAAUUGGCGGGUAUACAAAUGUUCCUGCAUCUGAUCCUACCACGACCAAUGAUCUGAUCUCGAUCUACCAAGACAGUAUUACACCUGAAGACCAUCCGGGCCCACUGAUUUUCGUACAUGCUGGCCAUUAUAAGGGCGAAUACUUGUAUAUUGAAUCAGAUGUGACAUUAAUUGGGGCGGCCUCUGGUAACGUGGCAGAGUCUGUGGUGUUAGAACGUGAAGCGGGUUCCACAAUGAUGUUUGUAGAAGGAGCUAAAUAUGCUUACGUUGGCUAUUUGACGCUGAAAUUCUCACCGGAUGUAACAUCGACAGUCUCCCAUCAUAAACAUUACUGUCUAGAUAUUGGAGAAAACUGCUCACCAACUGUAGACAACUGCAUUAUACGUAGUUCAUCGGUUGUUGGCGCCGCAGUGUGUGUAAGUGGUGUUAACGCUAAUCCAGUCAUACGUAAUUGCGAUAUAAGCGACUGCGAGAAUGUCGGUCUUUAUGUCACCGACUACGCUCAAGGAACUUAUGAGCACAAUGAAAUCAGCCGCAAUGCUUUGGCCGGUAUUUGGGUAAAGAACUUCGCCAGUCCUAUUAUGCGCGAAAAUCACAUUCACCAUGGGCGCGAUGUAGGCAUAUUUACGUUUGAGAAUGGCAUGGGUUACUUUGAGAAAAAUGAUAUACAUAAUAACCGAAUCGCUGGGUUCGAAGUGAAAGCUGGUGCCAAUCCUACCGUAGUCAAAUGUGAGAUACAUCAUGGCCAGACAGGCGGAAUUUAUGUGCAUGAGAAUGGCUUGGGUCAGUUCAUUGAAAAUCGUAUACACUCGAAUAAUUUUGCAGGUGUUUGGAUAACUUCGAAUAGUAAUCCCACUAUACGAAAGAAUGAAAUUUACAAUGGACAUCAAGGGGGUGUUUACAUCUUUGGCGAGGGGCGUGGGCUUAUAGAACAUAAUAAUAUUUAUGGCAAUGCAUUGGCUGGCAUACAAAUACGAACAAACAGUGAUCCGAUAGUGCGUCACAAUAAAAUACAUCAUGGCCAACAUGGAGGCAUUUACGUGCACGAAAAGGGUCAAGGUUUAAUCGAAGAAAAUGAAGUAUACUCGAACACAUUAGCUGGUGUUUGGAUAACUACAGGCAGCACCCCAGUUUUGCGACGAAAUCGCAUACAUUCCGGCAAACAGGUCGGCGUAUAUUUUUAUGACAAUGGGCAUGGCAAGCUUGAGGAUAAUGACAUUUUCAAUCAUCUUUACUCUGGCGUACAAAUACGAACUGGCAGCAAUCCCGUUAUACGUGGCAAUAAAAUUUGGGGCGGACAAAAUGGUGGCGUAUUAGUAUACAAUGGUGGUCUGGGCUUAUUAGAACAAAACGAAAUAUUUGACAAUGCCAUGGCUGGAGUUUGGAUAAAAACUGAUUCAAAUCCGACGUUAAAACGUAAUAAGAUUUAUGACGGGCGUGAUGGCGGCAUUUGUAUAUUUAAUGGUGGCAAAGGUAUUCUUGAAGAGAACGAUAUCUUCCGCAACACGCAGGCUGGCGUUCUCAUAUCUACGCAAUCCCACCCGAUUUUGCGACGUAAUCGUAUUUAUGAUGGCCAAGCAGCUGGAGUUGAAAUUACAAACAAUGCAUCUGCUACCUUGGAGCAUAAUCAGAUUUUCAAAAAUAAAUUCGGUGGCUUGUGUCUAGCUAGUGGCGUACAUCCCGUGGUACGUGGUAACAAUAUAUUCAACAACGAAGACGAGGUCGAGAAAGCAGUCUCAGGCGGUCAGUGCCUGUACAAAAUUAGCAGCUAUACAUCAUUUCCAAUGCAUGACUUUUAUCGUUGCCAAACUUGCAAUACGACUGACCGUAACGCGAUUUGUGUGAAUUGUAUUAAACAUUGUCAUGCUGGACACGAUGUAGAAUUCAUUCGACAUGAUCGCUUCUUUUGUGAUUGUGGUGCUGGUACGCUAACAAAUCAGUGCCAAUUACAAGGCGAGCCGACUCAAGAUACGGAUACACUGUACGAUUCGGCAGCACCUAUGGAAUCUCAUACACUUAUGGUGAAUUAAUUUUGCUAGUUUAUAAGUAUUUCAUUAAGGCCUACAUUCGAAUAUAAAUUUUCUGAACGGGAGAGAUAGUCAGAUGAUUUGAGCUAACAUAUAAUGUUGCAUCAUAUAUGUUAUGCUAUUUUUAUGUUAUCUUGUGAGGAUUCUCUCUGCAAUUCCUGAUAUUUCCUGUUAUGAAUCUAGUAUUUUGUUUUUAAGUUUAUUCGGCUUUAUCCUUAUUUUCGUGUGAAAAAAUCAUUGCUAUAAAUUGCAAUAAAAUAGAAAAAAAAAAAUGUUUUGUAAUUUAUCAUUUUAUUUUUGUUUAGCAUUGUAGUUUAUGGGAAUGUUUCGUUCAUAUGUAAUUCACGUUAAGGCUGAAUAAACCAAAGCAAAACAUUAUGCGAGUGGAGUGUGAGAUAGAUAGUUUCGUUGGUAGAAUACGAUAACAUAUUCAACACAAUUCUCUCAAAUGGGGACUUUAGUGGUUACCAUUUGGCAUACAACCAAUUAUACUUACAUGCUUACGUUUUGCUUUAAUAAAAAGAAAUUUGUAGAUACUUCAAGAUCAAGCAUUUGAAAGUAUGUACUAUUAAUUUUGACGCAGGCUUCUGUUAAGAAAUCGAUUAUUACUAUUAUUUUUUAUGCAAACAUCAUUUUAAAUUAAUUUUGCGUUAAAAAAACUAUUUUUUAAACUAAUCAUUUUAUAUUCCUGAGCAACUCCGAUAAUAUCAGGAUGAACUGGGAUAUUUCAUCGUUUUUUUUAAAUACUUCUAAUUUUUGUUAAUUGUAAUUAAAAAAAAAAAAACUUACCAAACAUUUACAUGACGUUUCGUUUGAUUAGAUUUGAAUUGCUUGAAAUAUAGCAUAUAGUGGUCCGACGAAACAAAUUAUUCGUAAGUUUUAAAAAAUGUUAUAAAAAUUACAUCCCUUGCGAAAUGUAAUUAAUUUAUUCAUAUCCCAUUCGUCCUAUUCAUUUCUAUUGAUAUUAGGCCUACAAGCAAUAUAAAUGAACUGAACUGAACAUUAGUUAGGUAUCUACUCAAAUCACAUGUGGAUGUGUAAAAUAAUUUCUGCAUUAUUAUUUCGUAAACUUGCAAGUCCAAGUUAUAUGUUCACUUUAAUCACGCAUGUACAGCAGAGGAUGGACGAAAUAAAACUUCACGUCCAUAAUACAAAUUGCGAUCAAUUUUAAAAGAAAAAAAGAAAAAAGAAUAUAAAGUCAUGAGUUUAUGAGCAUUUUGUCACAUGGCGUAGAAAAGGAACACAAGAUACUAGAAACACGAUAAUACAGAAAUGAAAAAUUAACCUAAUCGGUUGAAAGCAGAAAUUGACAAGUACUCAUAUACAAAGUUAAUUUAAGUUAUAUGAUUUUUUUUUACAAUUUAUACUCAUUGUAUAUUAUAAAGAAAAGUUAAAUUGCGAAAAACAACUAUGAGCGAUGCAUAAAUACACAUAUACAAUGUGGUAAAGCAAAAUUUAAAAUGUGCAAUUAGAGAGAACUAAUCAAACUACUAGAAGGAAUGAUAUCUAUGAAAAUAUAUAAACCACAUUAGAAAUUGCUUAGGUACUAGCAUAAAAGUACAUACAAACUCUACGUAUAUGAUUAUCAUGGUUAUAUGUAAGGCAACCACAGACGACACGCAACUCUUCUAAAAUAUAACCAGUUGAAGAGAAAACUAGGAAAUUUUAAAUUAGUUUUCGACUACGAGCGUCUCGCGCGCAUCAAUUUCAUUUCAUUUCAUAGAAGCAGACGUUUUCUUUUUUAUUUUGUAUUUUUUCAUGCAGUUUUUAUAUGGCAAAUUAUAACUAUUAUUAAGUUAAGUAUAUUGUAAUAAUUGGAGUUUUCACACUGAAUCCGUUAAAGUUGUACUCGUUAUUCGAUAACUCGGUAAACUUUUCGAAUACCGCUUCCCCCUUUUUACUCGUUAAAAUGAUAACUAAUUUUGUAAAUCUACAGAUAGUACAUUCACAGAAGGAAUAAAUUUGUGUCGGGUAUUUUAUUUAUUUGAAAGACACAAUUAAAAUAGUAUACCCUAUGAUCAAAAAAUACCAAGUAAAUGCCAUCGUGCAAGCACCGUAUUUACCUGAUAUGGCGCCGUACGACUUCUUUUUGUUUUCCAAGUUGAAGUUACCACUUCGUGGAAGGAGAUUUCGUCGGCCUGUCAGCGGUGCAUGGAGGACUCUGUUAAACGUUGGCACAUGUGUGUUGCUUCAGACGGGUCAUAUUUUGAAGGAGAUAAAAUAAAUUUGGUUGAAAUUUAACUCGGUUUGGUUUUAUUUAAACAUUCCCAGUAUUUUCUGAUCUUAGGGUAUCGCGGAAAGUGAAAAGUCAAAAACCUCUGACUGUGAUAACCAAUUCAGUUGAGAGCAUAUCAACAUGCUCGAGCAGAUAGUGUAAUACUUUGUAGUACGCAACAAUGCGCCUGCUAUUGAAUGUUCACUAAAAUUGUAAUAAUUUAAAAUAAAUUUAGAUAAAAUACAUUCAAUUCUAUUCUAUUUAAUUCUACUCAUUAUUUUUAUGCCCAAAAGCGAAUAAGCCACAUCCGAAUGGGUUGGUGCGUGACUACCAUUCGUUUGAAUCUCCAAAAAUCAUGUGCCGUCCGUAGUCGGCUUAAAGUUGUAGAUCCCUCUAUUUGUCGAAAAACAUCAAGACGCGCAUCACAAAUAGGAGGAGGAGCUCGGUCAAACACCAAAUAAAGGGCGUAAGCGCUAAUUAUAUAUAUAUAUAUAUAUAUAAGCAUAUACACAAAGGCGAAUAAGCACUUCAAAUGAAGGACCACACAAGUCAGGUGGGCUAAAUAUUCUUUGCAACGUUAUCAGACUUGUCAUCUCGAUAACUCGUUAAAAUUCUGUUCGGUAAAUCUGCAUGCAUGUCAGAAGUUAACAACUAACGAAUAACAACUUAACGGACAGGGUGUGAAAGUCCCUAAUAUUAAAUUAUAUCUAGUGAACUGUUUGCCAGUUACAUGCCAAUCGAACACGUAAACCAACAUAAAUCCCAGUACACUAUUAAAUGACAAUGUGUAUGUAAAACUACUUUUAUCUCGCGUAUGUUUUAAUAUACAUAUAUAUUAAAUAUAUAAUAGGCAUGAAUACACACAUACACGUAUUACUUAUUGAGUAAUAACUAGACAUGAAAGAGCAGAACAUUGUGUACUUUGCAUUAACUUUACAUACCUACAAUAUUAUAAUAAAUUAAAAAUUACCAUAUGAAUAUGUAGAUUACUCUUUAGCUGUAGUAUAGAUCUUGUAAUUUGUCUGUAUGCUCCGUUCGGCAGCCAUGACAGCCGGAUGGGUUUGUGUGGAACUGCUAUUCGGUUGGUCUCGGAUAGGAUGCCCAGUGUAGACAUGAAACAUAAAUUAUAAAAAAAGUUUUUUGUUGCCUUUCAGUAUGUGAUGGCAAACUACCAAGCACAUUUCCGUCAUGCAAAAGCUUCUCAUAAACAUCACCUGCCGUUCGGAGGCAGCAUACAGAGUUAGGCCUCUCCAAUUGUAAGGCAAUAUUAAGACCCAUAUCACAAAUUGGAGGAGUUGCUCGCCUAAAACAAUUAACAAAAAAUAUAUUCGACAAUUAUAUAUGUAUUUAUCUAUACUUAUAUAUAUGUAUAUAUAUACAUAUGUGCUUUGUUUAAUAGAUAUUGUCAUUUUUUACUAUAGACAUUAGUGAAUGAGAAGUGAUUUGUAAGUAUUACAAUAAUUUUUUAUUUUACGAAAUCAAAAUUUUUAUACACUAGUAUUGUAUAUUUAACUAUACAACAAAAACAAAAAAAAACAGUGGAGUAACAUAACUUCCUGCAGUAAAGGCCAUAAAUUGACUCACACACUCACAAUGAAUGAGUAAUAUAAUGCUACUAUGGGCGUUAAAAAGCACACACUUCUUAUAAGGGACAUUUUUUUUUUUUUUUUGUUUAUUAAUCAGCUGCAGCUAUAGUUAUAGUCAUAAUAAUCGAGUACCUAUGUGUGAAAUGCGUUGGAAAUAAAAUUCUGCACCUAAUGGUAAUGCCACGGGUGUGUAUAAUUUUUAUA